UUAGUAAUGCUUCAAUCAGAAAACAUAUAAAUCAGGAAAAAAUAAAUCGUAUUUUAAAAUUAUCAGUUAACAUAAUUUAAAAAAAUAUUAUUAAAUUCUAAAGUAAGCCCACAAUGGAAGUCGGUGUUACCCUAAACAACGAACUCGAGGAAAAGAUUUCGGAAGCAUUUUGCAUAUUUGAUACUCAUGGCGAUAAGUAUAUUGAUUCCCGCAAUGUCGGCAACGUUCUCCGAUUUUUAGGUUGCGCGCCCACCGAAAAAGAGGUCGAAGAUGUCAUUAAAGCCACCGAUUCCGUCGACUAUCCAGGCGAAGCCCAUUUGGUCAAGUUCAUGGAACACGUUUCCAAACUGCUGAUGGAUCGACAAAUGGAACCAGCUUCGUCCGAAAAGCUUCUCGAAGCCUUUGAGACCCUGGAUCCAGAAAACAAGAAAUAUCUGACCAAGGAGUACUUCGGCAAAUUGAUGGCGGAGGAAGGAGAACCCUUCACCGCUGAAGAACUGGAUGCCAUGUGGCCUGUGGCCAUUGAUCCCAUAACUGGACACGUUCCCUACACCUUCUACAUAAAUCAACUUAAGCACAAACCUGAUAUCUAUGAAAUUGCCGAGGUUAUCAAGGAAGAACUGGCCCAAGCCGAAAAAGAAAAGGGCAAGAAACCACAACAGACAAUGUUUUAGAUGCCCCUUUAAUCAAUCAAAUGCAACUAACGCGGAAAAUAAAUUUAUACAUUUUAU